UUGAAGCUACCGUUGGAAUUGCGGCAACAGAUCUUAUCGUACCUUCUUCCGAGGACGAGGGAGCUUGAACAGCGUACCCCGGUGUGCUCGCAAUCACCGACAAGACUUUUCAGGCCUGGCAACAGUGAUUGUAGACCUGUUGUAGUCAAGCCUGAUGUUAGCAGGCACCCAAGCCCACCAACCACCAACGUCGUCUGGCUUCUGGGCAACACCAAACUCUUCUCCGUCUGUCGUCAGUUACAUGACGAGUGCGCCGAGCUGGUCUAUGGCCGCAGCACAUUCCUGCUAAUAUUGACUUACUCCGGCAUCAAGUGGCGGUGCCGAUGGCUAUACUCCACCGGCAGGAUGCCGACGAGGCACUGUGACUUUCUAGAGCUUGUUCCGGAACGCUACCUGCGUCUGAUCAAGCGGGUAGUCGUCAACAUCGAGCAUGUCGACUCGUACACCGGCAUGAUCAAAUUCAACGUCAGUGGCAAAGGGUUGACGCAUGGGUUGCGGAGACAGGUGCAGAGGCUUGUCAAUGUUCUG